CCUUCCUAACUUCGUCUCCCCAACACAACAACACUUUUUCUCUCCCAUUCUCUCUCUCUCUCUCUCUCUCUCUCUGUAAAUAUCAGAUUUUUUACAAUUAAAAGCUUUAUCGUCGUCCAUGGCGGCUAACAGAUUCGCGACUCUGAUCCACCGGAAAACAAACAGAAUCACUUUAAUCCUCGUCUACGCUUUUCUCGAAUGGUCACUAAUCUUCUUCAUUCUUCUCAACUCUCUCUUCUCUUAUCUCAUCCUCAGAUUCGCUGAUUACUUCGGUCUCAAACGUCCUUGUCUCUUCUGCUCUCGACUCGAUCGUUUCUUCCAUCCUUCCCGUAAAUCUCCUUCCCCUAGAGAUCUCCUCUGCGACGAUCACGCUCUCGAGAUUUCUAAUUCACAACAACAACGGUUUCGUGGUGGUCAUCACACUCAUUCCAAACCUGUUGUUCAAGAAGAAUCAAACGGUGGUUUCGUUGAAGAAUCUCACAAGGAUUUUUUGGUUGGUGGUAAGAUAAGUUCGUCACUAUGUGCUCCGAUCGAGUCUGAUUUGGGGAUUGUAGAUUAUCCGAUCGGAGAUGAAGGCCAGGUUUACAAUGGUCUUAAGUUUCCUCGAUCCAUCUUCGUACUCGAACAAGAAGAUGAUGAUAAAAAUACAGGAUCCGUGAAUUUGAAUCAUUCUGAAACAGAGGAGAAGAUAGAAGAAGAAGAAGAUGAUGAUAUAGAUGAGGAGUUCUCGUGCUAUGUAUCAAGUUACGACUGUAACAAAGAGGUUAUUACAGUAGAAGAGAAGGUUGAAGAAGAAGAAGAAGAAGAAGAAGAAGAUGGAAACAAAGUGGAUCUGGCUGUAGAGGUCGAGACUUCAGAGUCUGCACCUAAGCAAAACCUUGAGUUCUAUAUCGAUGAAGAAGACUGCCAUUUGAUUCCUGUUGAAUUCUACAAACCUAGCGAUGAAGUUCGUGAGAUUUCCGAUAUUAACGGUGAUUUUAUUCUCGAUUUCGGCGCUGAGCCUGAAUUCACGGCGGAGGAGGAGGUGGAGAAGGAAGAGGUCAUCAUCACUGCUGCUAAUGAAUCCAAAGCUGAGGAGGAGGAAGAAGUAAUAAUCACGGCAGCUGAUAAAUCCAAAGCGGAGGAUGCGGUGACGACGAAUCUAGGUCCUUCAACAGAUGAUUCGCUCCAAAUGCAUAACGACGACGACGACAACGACAACGAAACAGAAACAGAUGCGGAGGUUUCUAUAGGUACAGAGAUUCCUGAUCACGAGCAACUCGGAGAUGUUACAUCCCAACAACAACUCAAUCCUAACGACGACGUUGACAAUGAUCAUGAUGAAACAGAGGAGGAGGAUACAUUAGAGUUCAGAACAAUAACAAACAUCAAUGAGGAACGGUUUCGAGAAACUCCUCCUUUAUUGGAAAGAUCGCAUAGUCUACAUAAUGCUAUGUUUCACUUAGAGCGAAGAACAGAAUCGGUUGAUGGUAUUGAAUGUUCUGAAGGAGGAGUUGUACUCACCGUGGACAAGUUGAAGUUAGAGUUACAAGAAGAGAGGAAAGCACUUACUGCUUUAUACGAAGAGCUGGAGGAAGAGAGGAACGCGUCUGCAAUUGCUGCCAAUGAAACAAUGGCGAUGAUCAACAGGUUGCAUGAGGAGAAAUCCGCGAUGCAGAUGGAAGCGUUGCAGUAUCAGAGAAUGAUGGAGGAACAAGCUGAGUUCGAUCAAGAAGCGUUGCAGUUGUUGAAUGAGCUCAUGGUGAAUAGAGAGAAAGAGAACGCUGAGCUGGAGAAAGAGCUUGAAGUGUAUAGAAAGAGAUUGGAGGAGUUUGAAGCUAAAGAGAAGAUGGGGAUGUUGAGGAGGAGAAUGAGAGAUUCCUCUGUUGAUUCGUAUAGAAACAAUGGGGAGUCUGAUGAGAACAACAACAACGGUGAGGUACAUCAUGAUCAUAAGAACGUUGAAGGGGUUUCAGAUUGGAAAUAUAGUGAUAGUGAGAUGGAGAAUACACCGGUUGAUGAUGUUGUGCUUCGUCUUGAUGAGUGUUUAGAUGAUUACGAAGGAGAGAGGCUUUCGAUUCUAGGGAGAUUGAAGUUUCUUGAAGAGAAACUCACUGAUCUUAAUAACGAAGAGGACGGGGAGGAAGUUAAAACGUUUGAGAAUGGGAAUGGGCAUUUUCAUGGUAAGGAAACAAACGGGAAACACAGAGUCAUCAAGUCAAAGAGACUACUUCCUCUGUUUGAUGCUGUCGAUGGAGAGCUGCAGGAGAACGGGUUAGGUAACGGAAACCAUCAUGAAAACGGGAUCGAUGAAUCGGAGAGUGGCGAGAAUGUGACGAUAGAAGAAGACGUGGAUGAGCUUUACAAGAGACUUGAAGCUUUAGAGGCAGAUAGAGAGUUCUUGAGACAUUGUGUUGGUUCAUUGAAAAAAGGUGACAAAGGUGUACAUCUCCUCCAUGAGAUUCUUCAACAUCUACGUGAUCUGAGAAACAUCGAUCUUAAUCGUGUUAAAGAGAACGGAGACAUGAGUUUUUGAGUUUGAGUUUGAGUUUUGGGUUUGAAAUUCACUCUUUGCAUGGUGACAAUGUGACAUAAUGAACAAAAACAAUCAUACAGGUGGGAAAGUGACAGUGUUGCGUGGGAUGGAAGAAACAACAAGGCUCUAGAUGAAGAAGAAAACGCCAGAAAAAAAAAAGUCUCAGAUAAAGUAUUUUUAAGUAUAUACUUUGAGGAAAAAGUGUCAGAUCAGAAUGUUCGUCUCUCUUCGUGUUUUUUACUAAAAAUUUUUGGUUUUAUUUUUUAUAUAUUGAAGUGUGUCAGUGUAAAUUUCACUUUUUAUUUUUUUAUAAUUUGGGGAGUGGUCUUUAUGAGUGGUGGGUGGUAUAAUAGAAAAAGGUAGAAUGAUGAGAGUAUGUGUGUGUAGUGUAGUGUAGUUAAGUAGUAAGGUGAGAUAUUGGUAUAAAAAAAUGCCAAAUGCAAAGCUGUCAGUUUCUUUGGAUGUUUGUGGCAGAGCUGGAAUGAUUUCAGCAAAGAUGCCAACUCCAAUGUGUACAUAUGUUUCUUUCUUUUUUUUUGGACUUUUCACAACAUUUUUCGGGGGAGAGUUUAGAAUUAUUGCGUUUAGGUGGGGUAAGGAACCACUUCAUUUGUAAUCUUGUCUUCUUCUUUGGUUGAAUGUAACUUGGUAGCUACUA